AGCCAGGUUCCUCAAUCCCCAGGGUGAGGUCGGAGUCGGACCCCAGCGCAGCCGCAACGAGAGGAGAGAGGAGGGAGGGAGGGAGAGGACGGUGGGCGUCGAUUCGUCGCCAUCCACCGGCCGGAGCCAGGCCCCUCGCCGGAAUCCGCCACCCCCGCCGGAGCCAGGCUCCUCCCCUCCUGCAUACCACCAAGCCACUCGUACCUCCUCUCCCCUCCCCUGCUCUACGUACCUAGGGUUUCCCCUCUCUCUCUCUCGCCGGAUGCGAUGGCGAUUCCGCCGCGGACUCCUCCCCCGCCGCCAUCGUGGUCGCGCUACGUCACCGAGACCGUGAAGGGGUCCCACCAGUUCACCGUCCGGGGCUUCUCCCUCGCCAAGGGCAUGGGCCCCGGCCGCCACCUCGCCAGCGACAUCUUCGCUGUCGGAGGAUACCACUGGGCCGUCUACUUCUACCCCGACGGCAAGAACGCCGAGGACAACUCCAACUACGUCUCCGUCUUCGUCGCCCUCGCCUCCGACGGCAUCGACGUCCGAGCCCUCUUCGACCUCACCCUCCUCGACCAGUCCGGCCGCGGCCGCCACAAGAUUCACUCGCACUUUGGCCGCAAGCUAGAUUCCGGCCCAUACACCCUCAAGUACAGGGGCUCCAUGUGGGGUUACAAACGCUUCUACAAAAGAUCACUCUUGGAAGCAUCUGAUUUCUUAAAGAAUGAUUGCCUAGUGAUGAACUGCACAGUAGGUGUUGUCAAGAACCGUAUGGAAACACCAAAGGACAUCCAGAUUCAUGUUCCACGAUCAGACAUGGGCCACUGCUUCAAGGAGCUCCUCAGCCGCGGCAUUGGAUGUGACAUAACCUUCGAAGUGCGCGACGAGAAAGUCAGGGCACACAAGUGGAUUCUUGCUGCUCGCUCCCCAGUAUUUAAAGCCCAGUUCUUUGGUCCUAUUGGAAAGCCUGACCUGCACACGGUUGUCGUGGAGGAUGUGGAACCUGUCGUCUUCAAGGCAAUGGUGAACUUCAUGUACACUGAUGAACUCCCCAGCAUUUCUGAGCUAGCUGGAUCUGCCUCAACAUGGACAUCAACAGUAGUAGUACAGCAUUUGUUGGCAGCAGCUGAUAGAUAUGGACUGGACCGUCUUCGUAUCCUGUGUGAAUCAAAGCUAUGUGAUGAACUGACUCCUGAAACUGUCGCAACAACCUUAGCCCUUGCUGAACAACACCAUUGCGCUGAGCUGAAGUCUGCCUGUCUAAGGUUUGCUGCUGUGCGAGAAAAUUUGGGAGCUGUUAUGGGGACGGAAGGCUUUGAUUACUUGGAAGAGACAUGCCCGUCCCUACUAUCCGACUUGUUAGCUACUGUGGCAGAAGUGGACGAUGAUCCUGCAUCCCUUGACCGAAAAAGGGGAGUUUGCGGUAACCAAGUCUUGGCUCCAGUGGAAAGUGUCGAGGCUACUGAAAGGCGCACCCGGAGGAGGCUUUAGCUGGGCUGGUUAGAUUCAGGCCGUCAACUAAUGUAGCUUUAAGAGUCGUGUGAAGUGCCCUAGUUGACAACGAUUUGAUUUGGACUAUAGUAGCUGUGAAUAAUUUCGUAUCUCGACGAUUUUGUUUUGCAGCAGUAGAAGUUGUAAAUUUUUUAUUAGCAUGGAAAAUUUAUGUUUCUGGUUGUCAGUCGUGUGCGGCUAUGAAAUGUGUCGGGCAAAAUGAAUGCUAACAUCAGUUAGCUUAGGGGCACUAGCUGCACCGCGAUGCAGCCAGAAUGACAAUUGAAACCAUUGAAUGUGGUAGAUUGUUUCUACUAAAUCAAUGUAUAUUGGCAUUCAAAACUCUACAUAUAUUUGGAUGUAAAAAAAAAAA